CCCUCUGCCCUUCUCAGUAGGCGGAGGAAGAGGUGAAUGGCGGGAACGUAGCAAUCCUUCCUUCCAACCUCACCUGUUCUUGAUGGUUCACCUGCCCCUUCUUCUCACACAAACAAGAGGCUCUCGAAUGUUAUUGCUUUUGGCCUUCUCCUGUCCGCCUCCCCUUUCCAAGUUGGAAUUGGCUAAUAAGACGAACGGCCUUUAUUUUUAACCUCCUCCUCUCAGUUGAUGGUGUGUUUUUUUAAUAGUCAAACGGUUUGUUAUCUGUCUGUUCACCACUACAAGCGCAGUAGCGUCUCCAAGAGCAGCGCUUUACUCGCCACGCCACGCCAAAAACGAGCGAGUGGCAACAUUUGUUUACAUAUAGCUGUGGCCUGUGAGAGACUAGGAUCUAACCGGUACUGUAUUCCAUGAACCCCACUUGUGCUCUCUUUGCUUUGUGGAAGUGGCUAGCUGAGCUGUUACACUGACAGUAGGUUAAGUACUACCCUUUUCCAAAGCUUCACAAUGCAAAGCACGAUAAGAUCAUUCUUCCAGCCCCUGGCACGAAUGAAGCCUGGAAAAGAGACGACAGAGAAGAAUCACCUGCAAGAGGAACUUACCCCCAAAAGGAAACUAUUAGAUUCGGAACCACUGGUAAAUGGUACACCACUCCGUGCAGAUUCACCAGUGAAUUCUGAAGCCCCAAAAGCCACCCAGGUCCUUAACAAUGAAAAGGAUUUUGGGAAACCAAGAGGACAGGAUACAGAGGCAGAUGAUAACAAGCAGGCAUCUGAUUGCACUCCUGAGGAAAAUAUCCCUGCAGAGAUCAUCUCCUCAAGCACCAGCCCAGCUGCAACUAAUUUGCCCUCACCCACCAGCAUGCCCCGGCGCAGAACUGCCCGCAAGCAGCUCCCUAAACGUAAAGCAGAGGAAGAAGACAACAGCCACGAUACCUUGCAGGAGGACCCUUGUACCAAAAAAUGGAAGGGAGAUGACAAGGAUGGAGAGGGCUCAGAAGGGGAGCCAGAUGAGAAGCCCAUGGAGGCAGAAGAAGUGAAAGAUGAGAAUUCAAAACUGGUAGAGAAAAAAACAAAGAGAGAUGCAAGGGAAGAGAUAGCACUAGCACCCUCUAAACCAUCCAGCAAGCCCAUCUCUAAUUUUUUUGCUCCUCGGAAGGCCUCUGUAAAGAUAGAGAAAAAACAAGCACCUGUGAUGGGAGAAAACAUGCCUGCACCAAAGAGCCAUAAAGAAGCUAAUAGCCAUGCUAUUACCACAGCUGGCUGUUCUGCCAAGCCAUCUCUUACACUUGACCCUGCAGAUUACAACCCUGCAAAGGAUAACUAUCAUCCUUUAAACGAUGCUUGUUGGGGCCCUGGCCAUAGAGUACCAUACCUGGCUGUGGCCCGUACCUUUGAGCGGAUUGAGGAGGAGUCUGCCCGACUGAAAAUUAUAGAAACCCUGAGCAAUCUGUUCCGCUCCGUGAUUGCCCUCUCUCCAGAAGAUUUGCUGCCCUGUGUCUACCUCUGUCUCAAUCGGUUAGGCCCAGCAUACGAGGGCCUUGAGCUGGGUAUCGGCAAAACCAUCCUCAUGAAAGCUCUAGCUCAGGCUACAGGUCGUCAGUUGGACCAGAUCAAGGUAGAAGCGGCAGAGAAAGGAGACCUGGGUUUGGUUGCUGAGAGUAGCCGCACCACACAGGGCACCAUGUUUGCCCCACCCAAGCUUGGUGCUGCUACUGUGUUUGGCAAACUUCAAGCAAUUGGGCGCAUGAUGGGAAGCUCUUCCAUGAACAAGAAGAUUGACAUUAUCAAGGCUUUGUUUGUUGCUUGUCGCCACUCAGAGGCUCGCUAUGUUGCUCGGUCACUGGAAGGAAAACUGCGGAUUGGGUUAGCAGAGCAGUCUGUCCUGUCAGCAUUAGCCCAGUCAGCAUCACUCACUCCUCCAGGACAAAAAUUUCCACCAGAAGUUCUGGAUGCUGGAAAGGGCAAGUCUGCAGAAGUGCGCAAAGCCUGGUUGGAUGAGAGAGCCUUGAUUGUUAAGCAGGCCUUCUGUGAGCUGCCAAAUUACGAUACCAUUGUGCCUGUCCUUCUGGAGCAUGGUGUGGAGAAUCUGCCUCAGCACUGCAAGAUCACACCAGGAAUUCCCCUGAAGCCCAUGCUGGCUCACCCAACCAAGGGAAUUGGGGAGGUGUUAAAGCGCUUUGAAGAGGCAGCUUUCACCUGUGAAUACAAGUAUGAUGGAGAGCGAGCACAGAUCCACAUUCUGGAGAAUGGAGAAGUGCACAUCUACAGCCGGAAUCAAGAGAACAACACAACCAAGUACCCUGACAUUGUCAGUCGUAUCCCCAAGGUAAAAAAGAGCACUGUGCAGUCGUGCAUCUUGGAUGCGGAGGCCGUAGCCUGGGAUCCUGAUUCCAAACAGAUCCAGCCAUUCCAGGUACUGACCACCCGCAAGCGCAAGGAUGUAGAUGCUACAGAGAUCCGAGUGCAGGUUUGUGUGUAUGCAUUCGACAUGCUCUACCUUAAUGGACAGUCUCUAGUCCAGAAACCCCUAUCUCAGCGCCGGGCUUUACUGCAUGAUUCCUUCAAUGAGGCUGAAGGACAGUUCCUCUUUGCCACCUCCAUGGACACUAGUAACACUGAUGAGAUAGCAGACUUCCUGGAACACUCCAUCAAAGACUCGUGCGAGGGGCUAAUGGUGAAAACACUGGAAGUGGAUGCCACAUACGAAAUUGCAAAAAGAUCCCACAACUGGUUGAAGCUUAAAAAAGAUUAUCUGGAAGGUGUUGGGGACACCCUGGACCUGGUGGUGAUUGGUGCCUAUCUGGGCAAGGGCAAACGUGCAGGCAUAUAUGGUGGUUUCCUCCUGGCCUGCUAUGACGAGGAAAGCGAGGAGUUCCAGAGCAUUUGCAAGAUUGGCACUGGAUUCACAGAUGAGGACCUAGAAAAACUCCACACCUCUCUCAAGGACCAUGUGAUUCCACAGCCACGGCCAUACUACCGCUGGGGUGGGACAGCAGAGCCUGACCACUGGCUAGAGGCCCAGCACGUCUGGGAGGUGAAGUGUGCUGACUUAUCCAUUUCUCCUGUCCACAAAGCAGCAAGUGGUUUGGUGGAUGAAGAAAAGGGCAUCUCUCUCCGCUUCCCCAGAUUCCUACACAUCAGGGACGAUAAGAAACCAGAGGAGGCCACUGCAAGUACCCAGGUGGCUGAGUUGUACCGGAAGCAACAGCAGAUCCAGAAUCAGCAGUCGGUUGAAAAAAGCGAUGAUUUCUACUAACGGUCCUGUUCAUCUUAUUGUGAAAAUAUUUUUCCUCAACCUAUCUUGAACUGAGGCUAGAGCCUCUAUGCCCUCUUCAGACUUUUGUCUUAUGAAUCUACCCCACCUACGGAACUUGGGUAGAGAAUAUGCUGAGGCUUGUACUGAUAAUGCCCUGCUGCCUUCCCUUUGCCUGUCAAGUUGUAGGCAAGUUUUGAGUUGAUGACUCUCUGUUAAUAAAUCUUGGUAUUUUGGGGUUACUGCCUGUA